CUCUUACAAAUGCUUCUGCUGCCUCCUAGCACACAACCAACCAACCGAGAACACUACCCUGCGGAAGGGACAGUGCUGAAAGCCAACAGGAGAGGAAGUAUCGAUUGGUCAAACCCUUGGCAAGAGACGAUGGCAAAGAAGGUGGCAGUGAUUGGAGCGGGGGUCAGUGGCCUGAUCUCUCUGAAGUGCUGUGUGGAUGAGGGACUUGAGCCCACUUGCUUUGAGAGGACCGAAGAUAUUGGAGGGCUGUGGAGGUUCAAAGAAAAUGUGGAAGAUGGCCGAGCAAGUAUCUAUCAAUCUGUUAUCACCAACACCAGCAAAGAAAUGUCCUGUUUCAGUGACUUUCCUAUGCCUGAAGAUUUUCCAAACUUCCUACACAAUUCUAAACUUCUGGAAUACUUCAGAAUUUUUGCCAAGAAAUUUGACCUUCUCAAAUAUAUUCAGUUCCAGACCACUGUCAUUAGUGUGAAAAAACGCCCAGAUUUCUCAUCUUCCGGCCAGUGGGAGGUUGUUACUCAGAGCAACAGCAAGGAGCAGAGUGCUGUCUUUGACGCAGUCAUGGUCUGCAGUGGCCACCAUAUCCUGCCUAACAUCCCACUGAAGUCAUUUCCAGGUAUCGAGAAGUUUAAAGGCCAAUAUUUCCAUAGUCGCCAAUACAAACAUCCAGCUGGACUUGAAGGGAAACGCAUCUUGGUGAUUGGAAUAGGAAACUCGGCCUCAGACAUUGCCGUUGAGCUGAGUAAGAAGGCUGCUCAGGUAUAUAUCAGCACCAGAAAAGGUUCCUGGGUCAUGAGCCGUAUCUCCGAAGAUGGCUAUCCUUGGGACAUGGUGUUCCACACUAGGUUUAGCUCAAUGCUCCGAAAUGUUCUGCCACGAAUGAUUGUAAAAUGGAUGAUGGAACAACAGAUGAAUCGGUGGUUCAACCAUGAAAAUUAUGGUCUUGCACCUGAAAACAAGUAUCUUAUGAAAGAACCUGUGCUAAAUGAUGACCUUCCAAGUCGUAUUCUAUAUGGAACCAUCAAGGUGAAACGAAGAGUGAAAGAGCUCACAGAAAGUGCUGCCAUCUUUGAGGAUGGCACAGUGGAGGAAGACAUUGAUGUCAUUGUCUUUGCAACAGGAUACACGUUUGCUUUUCCUUUCCUUGAAGAGUCACUUGUUAAAAUAGAGGAUAAUAUGGUCUCACUCUACAAAUACAUGUUCCCUCCUCAACUGGAGAAGUCAACCUUUGCAUGCCUUGGUCUCAUCCAGCCCCUAGGUUCCAUUUUCCCAACUGUGGAACUUCAAGCUCGUUGGGCAACAAGAGUUUUCAAAGGCUUGUGUAGCUUACCUUCAAAGGAGACCAUGAUGGCAGACAUUAUCAAGAGGAAUGAAAACAGAAUUGCCCUGUUUGGAGAGAGCCUGAGCCAGAAACUGCAGACCAAUUACAUCGACUACUUGGACGAACUCGCCUUAGAGAUAGGGGCAAAGCCAGACUUAGUCUCAUUCUUGUUUAAAGAUCCUAAACUUGCUGUGAAACUCUAUUUCGGGCCCUGCAAUUCCUACCAGUAUCGCCUGGUUGGGCCUGGACAAUGGGAGGGAGCCAGGAAUGCCAUCUUCACCCAGAAGCAGAGAAUACUGAAGCCUUUAAAGACUCGGACCCUGAAGGCUUCAUCUAACUUCCCUGUUUCCUUUUUGUUGAAAUUCCUGGGCCUUUUUGCUCUUGUCCUGGCCUUUUUGUUCCAGCUGCAAUGGUUCUAAUCUGUUGGUGUAACACUUUCGGCGUUAUCUUGUCAAUCAGUACUGCUUUUGAAAACAAAGAUUAAAAUAAUUUUAAAUCUAUAUCCUAAAUUAUGGAAUUGAGAGGAGCGAAUGAAUGGAAUAAUUAUGGAGAAUUAGCAGAAUUGGGUCUUUAUAUCAAAGUAAAAUUAUGCUAUGGAAUUUCUUUUCCUGGCUCAGGUAGAUCAGAUGGCCAGGCCUGACAUGGAAGACAUGUGUGGAAAAUAUAGUGGAAUUACACAAAUUAAAAAGAAGAUGAUUGGCUUAAGCUGUUGGAGAACUACAUUUGUGGUUAAUAUUUAAGACUCCUGCCUAGUUUUCCUGGUGGUCUUCCUUCUAGAGUCAGACAUUAGGUCACACUCCAUUUGCUUGGUAGGGGAUCAUUUAAGAAUAUUGCAGGAAAAAAUGAGAAGAUGGAUUUGGAAAAUAAUGGCAAUGCUCAGACUUUUAUGGCCUCAUAUUGAAAGCUGAACUAAUAGCCACAUUUCUUAUAUUUUUACAGAAAUACUGCUGGAAAAAUAAAAAUAAAUAUGCUAUAAUAGUAAGUAAUAAAUACAUAGAUUUAGUGCUUCACAUAGAGCAUUGUGUCAUGUGCAUGUUAUAUGAAUUAUUUCAUUUAACUGUUACAAAUCUAUGAGAUAAAUAUAGCUAUUAUAACCAUUUACAGAUGAUGAAGCUAAGAUUCAGUACAGUUGGGUAACAUGUCUUGUAAUAGAUUUGGAAUGGGAGUGCAGAUCUGUUGAACUCCAGAACUGAAAAUCAUAACCUUUCCUGUAAGAUACAUAUUUACAAAAAUACUAUUGAUAAAGUACUUAUCAAUAUACUAUUUUAUUUUUAAUCAUAUACUUGUUACUUUUAAAGAAACUUUACACAGAAAAAAUGCUCUCCUCACAAAUAUAAUCUGAUUUUAUUUAUAAUUUUGGGCUUAUUUUUCCCCAGAUCUAAAAUAUAUAUGAAGAAAUUUAUGCUGAAAUAUAACUAUGCAAUAACAUAAAAUAUUCAUUGAUAAUUUGGAAAAAGAAGAACUAAGGAAGAAAAAUGCAUCUCUAAACUAAUGAAAGGCACUGUGAUAACUAAGCCUUAUAUCUAGUUCUAGCCUUAAGACAUCCAGGGCAAAAUGCCAAACAAUAUGUAAUCUUUGUCAUCUGAUCAAGGGAAGCGUAUCAGUUAGGAGGCACAAACUUUUUCUUGGAGCCAGGUCUAAACAAUACACAAGCAACCUAAUGUCAAUAAACAUUGAGCAACAAUAAUGGAUAAACAUCUGGUCAUGGAACAUUGACCACAGUUGCUCUUUGCAUGAACUGUGCUUUGGGAGAUAAGCUACACCAUGAGCCAAGACCAAGGCCCUCAAAGAGAGGGCAAAGGUUAGAAAUGCUGAAGAUGUAGGCAAAUUUUCCCUCUUACUACUUCAAAAUCUGUGGACAUGGUUCUUAAUUUUGGCCUGGAUUUGUCCCUUAAGGGCCCAGAACAAUACAAUGAGAAUCUGCCAAUGGAAACUUGUCUUCAAAGUCUAUUGAAAUUACACCAAGAUUAUAAGUUACACCAAAUCUUGACAAGCAAGUUUUUUUGAAUUGUUCUUAUUAACAAACUCCUUUGAAAAACUGCAAAUAAUGUAUAAAAUUAUUUCUUGAUUAAAAACUGUUUACUGAUCAUUAAAGGUUUUUUUUUUUUUGCAAGCCAUUAUAUUAAUAAGAAUUUAUCAAGCUUUUAUAGAAAUGGCCAUCAAACUACUGCCAGGGGCCAAAUCCAGCCUCUCACCUGUUUUUGUAAAUAAAAUUUUAUUGAAAACGUAA